GCGCACACACCAAGCUUAGGUAAUCGUGAGCUGCAGGCUGCCAGCGCUUUCGUCAACACCAGCCUGGGGCAGGAGCUCCAGUUCCAACAGCAAUCGCUCCCACCCCCAACAACACAACCCACCUCCCGCAUCGACGACGCCUAGCCAUCUCCAUUUUUAGGUUACUAUUCGACCUCUCGACUGGGUGACGUUGUCCUACCGAUUUGCCUUUUCUGCAACCAGACAACCACCUCCACCCGUCUUCUACCCCUCCUCGUUGCAGUUGCCCGAGCAAACAUGGAGCGAUUCAGAAACCUGCUCGGCGGCGGCAUGAGCUUAGGCGGCUCUGCCCCGGGGACGGAUAACACCAACCUCAUCGACAAUUCCGAAACAGUCCACAUCUCAUCCCUCGCCCUCCUCAAGAUGCUCCGGCACGGUCGCGCCGGAGUACCCAUGGAAGUCAUGGGUCUGAUGCUCGGCGAGUUUGUGGACGACUUUACUGUUCGUGUGGUGGAUGUGUUUGCCAUGCCCCAAAGCGGUACCGGGGUCAGUGUAGAGGCUGUCGACCCAGUCUUCCAAAUGAAGAUGAUGGAUAUGCUGCGGCAGACCGGCAGACCCGAGUCCGUCGUUGGCUGGUACCAUUCCCAUCCCGGUUUCGGUUGCUGGCUCUCGUCGGUCGACAUCAAUACCCAACAAAGUUUCGAGCAGCUUACCCCGCGUGCGGUUGCGGUCGUCGUCGACCCCAUUCAGUCGGUCAAGGGCAAGGUCGUUAUCGAUGCGUUCCGCCUGAUCAACCCACAGUCUCUCAUGAUGGGCCAAGAGCCCCGUCAGACCACGUCGAACUUGGGUCACUUGAAUAAACCCUCUAUCCAGGCGCUUAUUCAUGGCCUCAACCGCCACUACUACUCCAUCGGCAUCAACUACAGGAAGACGGCCCUCGAGGAGAACAUGUUGAUGAACCUGCACAAGCACCCAUGGACAGAUGCCCUGCAGAUGGAGGAUUUCCGAACCGAAGGUCAGCGGACGAAGGACCGCCUCGAGCGGCUGGUUAGCCUCGCCGAGGGCUACGAGAAGAGGGUCAAGGAGGAGACAGAGUUGACUAAGGACCAACUCAAGACACGCUACGUUGGCAAACUGGACCCCAAGAAGCAUUUGGAGGAUGUUGGGCAGCAGCUAAUCGAAGACAACAUUGUUGCGGUGUCGAGGCAAAUGAUCGACAAGGAGGCCACGAUGGCGAAGAAGGACGCGCCGGGUGGGCCGAGUAGCCAGCGAAAUGGUGACCAGAUGGAAGUAGAGGAAGAGGAGCUCUGAAAUCACGGCUAAAUCGACAUACCCUUGGGCGAGCGGUGACCUCGGCCAGGCGUUGUAUGACUAGGCGUUCGGGUAGGGCAAGGGAGCUAGACGGGUAGCCAUUUGUUUGGCGCAUUCUAGCGCCUCGUCCGUUGCCGCGACCCAGCAAAACAUGUGCCUAGUGCUCUGCCUCUUAACAUUG